CUUUCCAACCAGCUCAAGGGCUUGAGCUGCCGAUCCGAUUUCAGACCGCAUCUGGAUUUCAUUCGCAGUGCCAUCGCUGAGUACCUAAAUGUCUAAAGGUGCCAUGAAGACCGAGGAAUUGCACGACAUUGCCGCUGCUCUACGCACGGCACGCGAGGGCCGGACGCCCAUCUCAGCACCGACCAAGACCUGGCCAGCUCUUGAUGCUGACGACGCCUUUCGAGUACAGCAAAUCAAUGUCGACCACGCAGUAAACCACGGAGACCGACUGGUCGGCUACAAACUCGGCAACAUCGCCAAAGUCAUGCAGGACGCCUUUGGACUAGACCAACCGGACUACGGCUUUCUGCUCGCCAGCACUUUCAUCUACGAGGGGACGACCCUUGCAUUGAACCAGUACAUCAAGCCCUACGUUGAGCUAGAACCAGCCUUCAUCCUCCGUGGCCCUCUUCGUGGGCCCAACGUCACUGUAGCUGAUGUCAUCAACGCAAUCGACUACGCGAUCCCGGCGAUUGAAAUCAUUGAUUCCCGUGUACAGAACUGGGCGAUCGAUCUCCCCGACACAUUGGCGGAUAAUGGGUCCACGGGAUCAGUAGUUCUCGGUGGCACUCCUCGACGUCUCACAGAGCUGAACCUACGUGACACCCGAGGCACUCUGCACUUUAAUGGCCGCGAGGUGAUGUCAGGCAACACAGGGAAUGUCCUUGGCAACCCCCUUUUCGCUGUCGCGUGGCUGGUCAACCGCCUGGCUGCCUACGAUGUCGGACUUUCUCCAGGACAGGUCAUUCUUCCUGGUAGCUGCCUGCAGGCCAUCUCUAUGGAUAAGGCUGGGCAUUGGUCCUGCACGUUUGAAAACUGGGGAACUAUCGAGUUCGAUGUCAUUUAAAACAAAGCUUUUGGGAUGGUCGCGACUCAGAUUGACAGUACGCUAGUUUACAAAUAUUCACACAACUCUUUAUACAUAACCUUCAUAAAAUAAAAGCC